UAUCACCACGUACAUGCAACAACUCUCAUAUGCAACUCCUCAUGCCUACAUGUAGUGGAACAUAUCCCCUAUAUUGCCUUCUCUACAAGUCCUCUCUUUGAAGAGCACCAUAACAAUAUUGCUUGAUUGCUGAGAUAAUUGCCAUAACCACAAACAUCGCCGUUCGACGCAAGGCUUUGUAGUCGGAAUCAACAAACCAAGAAACUCAUCGCCGAUCCAUAUAUUGCGAAAUUUAAUCAACUUAUACCUGCCAAAGCUGCAAAUCAUGGCCUACACUGAUGAUGCCGUCCUUGCGAAGCUUUCCGCUCUCAAUGAGACUCAAGAAAGCAUCGUCACUGUCGCCCAAUGGGUGAUGUUCCACAGGAGACAUGCAGAUAGGACGGGCCAGCUCUGGCUCCAGCGCCUCAAGGACUCCAAUAGCAAUAAGAGAUUGAACCUGGUUUACCUCGCCAAUGAGGUAGCACAGCAAUCAAAAGCCCGCAAGAAGGACGACUUCCUGAUUGCAUUCUCGCCGGUCAUCGCAGAAGCAACAGCAACUGCUUACAAAGGAGCCACAAACGACGUCCAACAAAAACUGAGGCGCGUCGUUGAAGUCUGGAGGCAGCGACAGAUAUUUGAGACACCAAUCCAAGACUCCAUAGAGUCUCGUAUUGAUGAACUUGAUAAAAACAAGUCGUCUGGCAAACGAGGCUUCGGCGAUGGCGGUAUAUUUUCCAAAGGUGGCGCCUCUGUCCCAACAGAGCUUGUGCCACUCGUCGCUCCACAACAAGCCCUCACGAAGCUUGCAGCACCUACAAAAACCGCCGUCAAUGCUGCUACCAUGGAUUAUGAAAAGCUCACCGACCCAGCUGCAGUUCCUCCAUCUGCUCCAGUCCACGCCGCACGCCUAAACGGUCUCCUCAAGACCCUCGCCAACGCCGAAGGGGCCGUGGCCGAAAGCAUUAAAGCGCGCACCCUCCUCAUCGAAGGCCUCGAGAAAAUCCUCAAUUCGAACCGCACCAUUCUUUUGAAGGAGCAGGAACAGCUUGCCGAUCUCUCAGCUCAGCGCACAGAAAUCGAUUCCAAGAAGCGCGAAGUUGAGGAUGUCAUAAUGAAGGGCUUUGGUACCGGCAGCAAUCCUGCUACGCCCACUGAUGCAACUCCCGGGCAAUCACAUUCACCGACCACGCCAGCUCCAGAAGCCGACAGGCCCGAAGUCGAAGCUUUGACUCCACCUCCCUUCGAGGCAACUACCCCGCCUCCCGCCCCUGAGGCACAAGCCGACGUAAGCCAACCAUCAGUAGAAACAGCCACUCAAUCGUUUUCCUCGGCUCCUGGCUCAGACCUCCUUGCUAGCCUCUCCGCCGGCCCUUACGGCCAGCUCUCCGCAACUAAUGGGCACGAGAACGGCGAGGGCAGCGCGAAUAAGAGGCGAAAGAUGAAUCUGGCUUAUGACUUCCCUGAGAUGGGCGGUGAUGACAUGGACGGGAUUGAUGAUGAUGUGGCGGAGAUUCUGAGGAAAGAUUCAACUGGGCCGUAUUAGACGCCACUAUCUGGGACACAGGCCGUCUGAAAUAGACAGUAAAGGCGUACUGACGUUCAAUGAAAUGGUUUGAGCCAUUUGGAAGUGUGAUCAAUAUUAUUUUCGGCGGAAUAGUAUGGGGCUUGUAGGCGGUGCAGCUAGAUGGAGAGAAGGCCGCUGGUUAUUUGUAACGUUUGUGUAUGAUAUAAGCUGCCUGGGCAGAUAGGAACAGAACAAG